AUGUUAUGCCUUAAGCUAUUUGUUUCCUUACUAAUCUUAGAAAGAAGUUUGGAAGGGGCAGCGGAAACCACCGAAGAGGAGGUGACCUGGCCCGAAGACGUUACAGAGGCCACCCUAGAUAUUGAGAUUACCUGGCCGGAUGAACUUCCAGUGACCGUAACAAAUCCGCCCACAUUUCGCACAGCUCGAACGAUGGAUCACUUGGAUGCCUUGCGAGAUGAAGACGAGUUCUUUGAAAAACCACAUAAGAGGGAUAUUUUGGAGUUUGAUAGCCUGGAGGUGGGACACCACAUCAUUCAUCCGGUGGGCGAAAUAAUAGCACUAAAAAGGAAGCCACUUCCCGAGGAGAAGCUGAUCAAGCAGCCCUUCUACUUCGGCUGCUGUCACAAUUCCACCAAUGUGGGAUGUGCGGGCGUUUGUCCGGAGACCUGCGAGUACCGCUCCAAGUACUGUGUACCGCUCUGCGGACCGCCCUGCCGCUGCAAGCACGGAUUUGUCUACAAUAUUGCCCGGCGGGCCUGCAACCUGCGCUCCGAAUGCCCCAAAGGAAUGGUGCAGAGCAAGAAUGGGAUCUACAGGGUGUUUUUGUGAGCUGUGUGUGGUGUAAUGGGUGU